UGGAGCGCUGCUAUAUAAGCGCCGCGCGCGCGCCCUCUCUCUCUGCUGCGAGUGACUCCGUCGCAGCCGCUGCUCCUCGCGCCGCUCCUGACUCACCGCUGUUCGCUGGGCCGCCGCACCCCGCCCGGGAAUAAGUCGGUCAGGAGGACUCCGUGCAGCCAUGGCAUUUAAAGAUAGUGGCAAAGCACCUGUGGAACAGGAAGUAGCAAUUCACCGAAUUAGAAUUACCUUGACGAGUCGCAAUGUAAAGUCCCUUGAGAAGGUCUGUGCUGAUUUGAUCAGAGGUGCUAAGGAAAAGAAUCUAAAAGUGAAGGGACCUGUUCGCAUGCCUACGAAGACACUGCGAAUCACUACUAGGAAAACACCUUGCGGUGAAGGUUCUAAGACCUGGGAUCGUUUCCAAAUGCGUAUCCACAAGCGUCUCAUUGAUUUACACAGUCCCUCUGAGAUUGUUAAGCAGAUCACUUCUAUCAGUAUUGAACCAGGUGUAGAAGUGGAAGUUACUAUUGCUGAUGCCUAAACACCUGUCAUCUACUUCAAUAAAAUUUGAUUUGAAAUUUU